AUGCAGACAUCGCAGGUGUAUGCAGUCGACCGCGUGUACGGUGAUCUGCAGCCACAGUUUGUGGCUAAGGACGUACUCAAGGCGUUGUCCCAGCUGGAUGCCGUCGUGGGGGACGUUUUCAACCGCCUAAUGCACAAAGUUUCACAGGAGAAGGAGCGUGUGGCUGCCGUGGACGCGCGGAUCCAAGUGUGCCAAGCGAAGGUGAACGCGUUGACGGCGCGACGCACCAGCAACAAACCAACGACUGUAUUCUCUACCUCGAGGUAUCCAGCACCAAAGAAUUUGCCUCUUUCUAAGACGCUGUUUCAUGACAAGCCCUACGCUGACGCGCCGCCGUUGGUGCCGGAUGCUGACGAUGACACGCACUUUUUGCCGGCAGAGCCCCUGCCCUCGGCGCAAAGGGGACAACACAUGGCUGAGGUGGUGGAACUUUUUGAAAAGGUGAACGAGUAUCAGAAAACACAGCAGCCAGAAGCCGAUAUGGAAAAGGAAGGACUGGGUAGACUGCCCGAAUAUAUCCCGUCAGUGGGCAGUGUGCUGCUAUUUAAUUCAGGAGAAAACCCGUACCAGAAGUACACGUCAUGGGACAACUUGUUGGGCACGGAUUACGAAGAGGAAGAGGAAAAACAGAAGGAGUUGGCGAAAGCGCCGCGUACCAUCGAGUACGGGGACGAGCUGCCAGCGGUUCACGGACUCAACUACGAAUUCCAUCCGUCAAUGGGUAUCAUGCCAGAUAUGUCGGCAAAGUUGCCUACGAACUUACCACUUGAGAAUAUUGCUGACUACAAGUACGCGCAAGAGAGCAAUACGUCAAUCGCGCCUUCCAUGUUCCAGGACAAGACACUGCCUGAUCUGCCUGCGAUCGCAGACUUCGCCGAGGGACCUGCAGCUCAGGAGCCAUUGGAGCAACACUUCCAAGUUGGGCCAGUUGACAAUGCACCACCACCACCUCCGCCAGCGCCCCCCGUGGACUUUACAAAAAUUGAUGGUGGCGCCCCGCCCCCACCGCCACCUCCGCCACAAGGGGAAGAAGAAAUUGCCCCACCCCCACCUCCGCCGCCCAUGGAGACUGUUGAGGACGAGGACAUGCCACCUCCUCCUCCGCCACAAGAGGAUGGCCUCCCUCCACCGCCAGCUCCAAAGGAGGAUGGCAACGAAUUGCCACUCACUAGCUUGUUGGAUCAGAUUCGAAACCCCACGAUCAAGCUCCGCAAAGUGAACCCGAGUGAACACAAGGCCGAACCUGUUGCGAAGACGGCAGACAACGCUAACAAACCGCUGACUAUUGCUGAAGAAAUGCAGCAACGAAUGCUGCGGCGGCAGGCCGCAAUUAGUGGCAAGCAAGAUCAGAUGGAGCAGAGACGUGAGCGAGAAAAGGCUACCGCAAAACCGGUGCCAGUGCUAACUGCGAAGGAAGUGACGAGUUUGACUCAGCCCCCGCCGCCCCCGCCUCUGUCUGACGGCGGACAGGAACACAGUAAAUUGCCCACACUGGCCAUGUCAGACGAUGGUAGCGAUGAUGGCCACAGGCGCUACAGAGACGACGACAAGUUCACCGGUAGCGAUGACUUUCUGGCCCAGAUCCGAAAUAUUAAGCGAAAGCAAGACGAAGAUGGUCAAACUGCUGGUAGCCACAAGCAGCCGCCUCCACCCCCAAAGAUCGAUGAAAUUAAGAACCCGGUGGCGAAUUUUGAAUCGCAAAUGGUUGGACUACGAAACCGUGAAGACUCGCUGAGUUUAUCUGAAGCUUCGGACUGGUCGGACGACUAA